AUGGCCGAAGCCUACGAGCGCGAACAACAAAACAACGCCCUCCUCAACUCCCUCUCCUCGAAGGUCUCGGCGCUCAAGUCCGUGACGAUUGAUAUCUAUGAUAAUGCGAGGGAUCAGGAGACGUUGGAUCAUUCGAACCAAGUUUUUUCCUCCCUGUCCACAAAUUUCAAGGGCAGCGCCAGUCGGUUGACCCGCAUGGCGCGGCAGGGCGAUACGGUGGCCGUGCUGAAGGUCGCGGGCAUUGUGGUCGUGGCGGGCUUGCUGGUGUGGAUUGUUUUAGGGUGGAUUUUUUAG